GAACGUCGGUGUUAACCAGACGUGUGCUCUUUUGGCUCCGUCGAGAUCGUUUCAAUAACCUAUACAGGCGCAACGGGCAGAACAAGUUCUAAAUUUAACGCACGUUCGCUUGGGGAAUCUUGAAUAUUUUGUAUUAACAAUCAGUCUCAAAACUGCAAAGGGAACGUGAAGCGUCGCCAAGAUGGGGGAUAUGUUCCGCAGUGAGCAAAUGGCAUUAUGCCAGAUGUUUAUACAACCAGAGGCCGCAUACACCUCCGUCUCGGAGCUGGGCGAAACCGGCUGUGUGCAGUUUCGCGAUCUGAACUGCACUGUGAAUGUGUUCCAACGCAAGUUCGUGACGGAGGUGCGUCGCUGCGAUGAGCUGGAGCGGAAGAUACGCUACAUUGAGACGGAGAUUAAGAAGGACGGCAUUGCGCUGCCGGAUAUCCAGGAUGAUAUACCGCGUGCGCCCAAUCCACGCGAGAUCAUCGACCUGGAGGCGCAUUUGGAGAAAACCGAAACGGAAAUGAUUGAGCUGGCCCAGAACGAGGUGAACAUGAAGUCCAACUAUUUGGAGCUGACGGAACUGCGCAAGGUGCUGGAGAAUACGCAGGGCUUCUUCUCCGACCAGGAGGUGCUCAAUUUGGAUUCCAGCAAUCGCGGCGCCGGCGUUAUUGAUGAAGCGACUGUCCAGCACCGUGGACGUCUUGGAUUCGUGGCGGGCGUCAUCAAUCGUGAACGUGUCUUUGGCUUCGAGCGCAUGCUGUGGCGCAUCUCGCGUGGCAAUGUGUUCCUUAAGCGUUCUGAUUUGGAUGAGCCUCUGAACGAUCCAGCCACUGGUCAUCCCAUCUAUAAGACCGUCUUUGUGGCCUUUUUCCAGGGCGAGCAGCUAAAGAAUCGCAUCAAGAAGGUGUGCACCGGCUUCCAUGCCUCACUGUAUCCCUGCCCCAGCUCGCACAACGAGCGCGAGGAGAUGGUCAAGAAUGUCCGUACACGCCUUGAAGAUCUGAAGCUGGUGCUUAGCCAGACCGAGGAUCAUCGCAGCCGUGUGCUCGCAACUGUCUCCAAGAAUCUGCCCUCGUGGUCGAUCAUGGUCAAGAAGAUGAAGGCCAUCUAUCAUACGCUCAAUCUGUUUAACAUGGAUGUGACCAAGAAGUGCCUCAUCGGCGAGUGCUGGGUGCCAACGAAGGAUUUGCACAUUGUGCAGAAGGCUCUUUCCGACGGCUCAGCUGCUGUGGGCAGCACAAUUCCAUCAUUCCUCAAUGUUAUCGAUACGAACGAAAUGCCGCCGACUUUCAAUCGCACCAACAAGUUCACGCGCGGCUUCCAGAACCUUAUUGAUGCCUACGGCAUUGCCUCGUACCGCGAGUGCAAUCCGGCUCUGUACACUUGCAUUACAUUCCCCUUCCUUUUCGCUGUUAUGUUUGGCGAUUUGGGUCAUGGCCUUAUACUGCUGUUGUUUGGUGCUUGGAUGGUGCUCAGUGAGCGGAAGCUGGCUCGCAUUAAGAACGGUGGCGAAAUCUGGAACAUCUUCUUUGGCGGCCGCUAUAUCAUUCUCCUCAUGGGCCUGUUCUCUUGCUACACGGGCUUCAUCUACAACGAUGUGUUCUCCAAGUCCAUGAAUCUGUUUGGAUCGAACUGGGUGAACAACUACAACACAUCGACCGUGCUGGCCAAUCCGAGCCUACAGAUGCCACCUCGCACUUCGGCCAAGGGUGUCUAUCCUCUGGGCCUGGAUCCUAUUUGGCAGCUGGCAGACAACAAGAUCAUCUUUCUCAACAGCUUCAAGAUGAAGCUGUCCAUUAUUAUCGGUGUGCUGCACAUGGUCUUUGGUGUCUGCAUGUCCGUUUGUAAUUUUGUGCAUUUUAAGCGUUACUCCUCCAUCUUCCUGGAGUUUGUACCUCAAAUUCUGUUCCUGCUGCUGCUCUUCGGCUACAUGGUGUUCAUGAUGUUCUUCAAAUGGUUCAAAUACACCGCCUUCACCGAUAGCCAACCCGAAACUCCAGGCUGUGCUCCAUCUGUGCUGAUCAUGUUCAUCAACAUGAUGUUGUUCAAGAACACACCGCCGCCAAGUGGUUGCAAAGAGUUCAUGUUCGAUGCACAGGAUGGCCUGCAGAAAACCUUUGUCAUCAUUGGCCUCAUCUGCGUGCCAUGGAUGCUGCUGGGCAAGCCGUUGUACAUCAAAUUCACCCGCCGCAACACCGUCGCACAUGUCAAGCACAAUGGCGAGCUGACAGGCAACAUGGAGCUGGCCGAGGGUGAGACACCAUUGCCCACUGGCUCCUCAGGACAAGAGGAAGGUGCUGGCGGUGCUCACGGUCACGAAGAUGAGCCCAUGAGCGAAAUAUACAUUCAUCAAGCCAUUCACACCAUCGAAUACGUGCUCAGUACUAUCUCGCAUACAGCCUCGUAUCUGCGUCUCUGGGCCUUGUCCUUGGCUCAUGCUCAACUGUCCGAGGUGUUGUGGAACAUGGUGCUGUCGUUGGGCCUGAAAAUGGCGCCCUAUACUGGCGCAAUUGCCUUGUUUGUCAUUUUCGGCGCCUGGUGCAUGUUCACGCUGGCCAUUUUGGUCAUGAUGGAGGGUUUGUCCGCCUUCCUGCACACCUUGCGUCUGCAUUGGGUGGAGUUUAUGAGCAAAUUUUACGAGGGCUUAGGAUAUGCCUUCCAGCCCUUCAGCUUCAAGGCAAUCAUAGAUGGCGAAGAAGAGGAGUAAUUGAGCCACAGCAAUAGCCACAAAUAUAUGAAUACUAUACAUAUAUAUAUAAAUAUAAUUUUGUUUUGUUAAAUAUUUUUGUUUUCUCAAUACUGUCAGUAUUGUGGUGCUCUUCCCACAUAUUCCCUCAGUCAAUGUAUUCCAUCCGUUGUCAAAAGAUUUUGUUAUGUAUUCUCAUAAAAAACCGUUUCAAGCAAUAA